GUUUAUUUCAGCAUUUAUUUUGGUUCGUUGGAUUAUUAGAACUAUUACUAUAUAUUGAAAUAUUAAAUAGGUAAAUACAUAUAGAGUGAAUAAACAACAUUUCUUUUAACACGUGGAAUGCAGUAGUUGCAGUUCAUGUCCUAGGUACACCUGUUUGUGCGCUUUUUUGCUACACUUUUUCCUUCCACUCAACUAUCCAUUAAUAUGCUAAGAUACAUCACUCUAUAAACAAACAGCAUCUUCAGCAAAGAUCUUUUGUGGCCGACCCUCCUUGUGAAGAGUUUCAGUUGACUGCCUGGUGCCUAGUCUUCGCAAUGAUUGUGUAACGUUUCUAAAUAAAAUAAAAAUACAUGUUCUAUUUGGUCUAAUCAUCCCAAUUAACUUAAAAAAUGUAAUGCAUGGAUUCAAUAUAUUUGUAAGAAGUAUGAAUUGUACUUCUUUAAUUCAACCAGUUCAGAAUUAAACAUGUUAAUCAGUUGAUUUCGAAGCUGUAAACAUGAAAUGAGAUAGGAAAAUACUGUCUGUCUGUUGUAAAAAGAAUUGGAUGUUCUCCACCUUCACGCUGUCCGGCCGGUCCUGCGCGUGAUUGCACUGAGAUGGAGCGAAGGGCGGUGGCCGGUGAAUGAAUAAUCAAAGGUUUUAGAAGGCUUCAGUGGGCGGUGCAGCCUCCGUAUUUACACUGGGCCGCUCCGCCCUACACAGAGAGAUAGAAAACUGUCUGCGGGACGAAGGGAUGGUACAAGUGGAAGGAGAUGUUGCCGACAGGCACACAUUAAUUACUCCUCAACAGGCUCUGCACCUCGUCCGGCUGCGGUCUUUUCCCAUUGCGCUGUAGCAGCAUCCUCUGCAGAACAGGACGAGCGAUCAUCCGGGCGGCUGCAUCGGAGCUUCAUGGCCGCAGCACUGACGAUGAGCGGCGCGCAGGAGGACCCGUUCUACCCGCUGCAGAAAGCGGUUCUGCCCGCCGCCUUCUCUCUGGAGGACUCGGCGCUGUUCGGCUUGGACUGCAAGACCUCAGAAACGGACAAGGCAGGACAGAAUGACUACACACAGGUAAAGUGUGAGAUGGAUAGGUAUCUCUCACCUCCUGCCUUUUCACCUCAUGCAGACAGCCAGCAGAAGUCACACAGAGACACCAUGUCUGUGGUGGACCAGUUCUUUAGUGCAGAUCACUCUGGGGCUCCCUACACCCUCAACAUGAACCUUUACCUCCCCGACGUGGCCUACCUGAGGAUGGGCUCAUGCGAGCAGGUGCGGCCCCCUCAGCCACAGAACCACACAGGUCUUGCCCAAAUUAAAACUGAAACUGCCUCCUCCUGUUUCGCCCCGAACCUACAGUCUCACUGCUCAGGCAGUACCCCCACUAGCAGCUGCAGCACAUCCGGGCACAACCCUGGCAAUGUUGCCUUGGAAGCCUCAGCCAUAAACAUGACUCUAACAGGGUUACCAGACUUCACUAGUGUUUUUACCCAGUCAGGAGGAGAGGUGUUCAUCAAACAGGAAAUGCCGACGCAAUUCGAGCAGAGCGGCAUCCACCACGACAACAGCGGCUCACUCUUUCAGCUCCUGAACACUGCUUUGGAUCAUCACCAUACUGAUGGCAUGGAGGCUCAGCAGCAGCAGAUGCAGCACAAUUCCACUAUUCAUGCACCUUUCCAUGAUUUGCCAGUAGCUGCAGCUUCUUCCCAGCAAGAGCAGAGUUCCAAGGCGGGUUACCGCGGCCUGGCCGGUGGGGUGUAUGGGCAUCCUCAUGCUCAGGUGCACUCCCAUUUUUUGCAGCAGCAGUUGCCCUACCUGCCCCCCUCCCCACCCAGCUCUGAGCCGGGCAGCCCUGACAGGCAGAAGGAGCUUCUCCACACCCUGUCCCCUCCUCCUUCGUACGCAGCCACCAUCGCCUCCAAGCUGGCAGGGACCACGCCCAGGCUCGAACCCGGCCCGGGACCUGCCAGUUUCACCCUGGCCAUCAGCGGAACCCUUACGCCAGUCCAAGGCCCAUCUCCGGUCCUCCCUCAAGUCCCCACUGCCCAGACCAUGACACAGAACUCAGCCCCUGUCCGCUACAACCGAAGGAACAACCCGGACUUGGAGAAACGCCGGAUCCACCACUGUGAUUACCCAGGCUGCAAGAAGGUCUACACCAAGUCAUCCCAUCUGAAAGCCCACCUCAGGACUCACACGGGUGAGAAGCCGUACAGGUGCACAUGGGACAGCUGCGACUGGCGCUUCGCUCGUUCCGAUGAGCUCACGCGCCACUACCGGAAACACACGGGCGCCAAGCCUUUCCAGUGCGCCGUCUGCUCCCGCUCCUUCUCCCGAUCUGACCACCUGGCGCUGCACAUGAAGAGACACCAGAACUAGUGACGUUUUGCACACAUGCCAGAGUCGUACUGUGCAAGCUCUUAUCUUGAAACUCACAAAAAGCCCUCACCUUGUCUCCAACAGCAACAGUGUUAAACCGGCUGCGAGAUGCCAAGCAGCUUUACUGGCAUCACAGCUCCUCCUGGUACUGCCAUCACUUGAUACAAUAGUACAAUAGCUUAGGAAGAAGGUGGUGGCCAAAACUUUGGUUCCCCACCAUUACAAGGUAUGAAAGAACAAACAAGAAAAUGUAAUACAUAAAGAAAAUAGUAGUAAUUUGUGUUUCCAGUCCAUUUGGACUUUGUGUGACUGGAAUAAUAGCGUUAAAACAUCGUCUGUGUUGUAAUGUAGAACUUCUUGACUGGAAAACACAUUUGUUUACUCAUUGGUAUAAUUGUUUAAAUAGCUGGAAAAUCCAGGUUUAAUUUUUUACCAAAUCCUUCGGUUUGCACUAGAACUUGUCAUGUAUCACAUUCACCACCAAAACGAUCAUUAUCACAAGUGGACAUGCCCCGCCAGUCAUCGCUGUCCGGAUAUUAAAAAUUGAAAGCAUUUAUUCUCCCGAGACAAAGAAGAUAAAGCGGAGAAAAAACAUGGGAGUAAGGAAGAGAUGGUAAGACUGAAUUGUUUUUCAUUUUAUAGAGGAGAUCUGCAGAUGGCUGAGUUACAUGGGGACAUGGAUGGAUUGUAAAGAGCAGCCAUUACGUGAUCAAUUAUUUAGGAUGUGUUUUCGAUGGACGUCCAGCUGGAGAAAUGUAAGCAGACCUGACUCUGUUAAAACAGAAGCGGCUGUAUUUAUGCACAAGCUCGAAUUAAGCAUCUCCAGAAUUAGAUUUCUGUGCAGAUUGUGCCAUCCCACUUUAUAUUAUUUAACGUUUGUACAUCUGAACCAAAGUUUAUUCUUCAUCAUCAACACCUUAUGAAGUGCCUCCUGGUCUGGUUAAUAUGUUCCUGUUCUGCCAGAGCUGUGAUUAGUGUAGGCGGUUCUUUUAAACACACAUGGUGCUGUUUUUAGUUCCUGUUCUAUUAAAAUCUCUGAACUCAGAAUGGGGAGAGGGAAACAAAAAACUUUAAUAUGCUAAAGCUGACCAUCUCCAUUGUAAUAUAACAGCUCAGCUCUGAGCGCUUCACAGACAUCCUGAUAUUUUGUGGAGCUUUUGUACUAAAGUGACCGUCUGUCUCUUUCUCCAAGGAGAUUUUAGCCUUUUUUUUUACUCUGUAAGCAGAUAAUUAGCAACUAGGCUCUAUCAGGCCUUCGAGCUUGGACACAUGCUCGGUUAGAGGACAGGUUUAUGACAUUUUUGACUUGUUAUUUUUAUUAUGAGAAUUAAUAACAGAUCUUGGAUAUCUGACACACAGUUCCCUUUAGAUAAAUAUGUCAGCAUCUCUCCGCUAUAACUGCUAAAACAGCAAUUUUCAAUCUGCUGUUUCUGUAAAGCUUUGACCUGCAGAUACUCAAUUUGCCUGAUUCCAAUUUCUCUUUUAGUCUUCUUGCUAUGACUGGAUAUUAAUAUCUCAUAAUGCAUUGUCAUACAUACAGUAAUUGAGUGCAGUUAUAGUAAAACAGGGUUUUACUAAUGUUUUAAAAUCCAAACCAAUUUAUUCCAGAGCAAAUAGCACAGUUAGCAUAUCUAGCAUCACAAAACCGCAUCCUCCCUAGAGACUAUAGAUCCUAACCUUUACUCAGAGAUUUCAAAAAGUCUGCUAAACUUUCCAAAUCCAACAUGUAGCAUAACAGAUGGAGGUUGAAACCUGAUGAUUCAGCCUCCCUGGUAUGUUCUGAAAGUCUUGCUCUCUCUCGAUCUCUAGCAGCCUGCAAUAGCUUCUCAUAUCUUUUUCUUCUUACUUAACUAUUAAUAGCCUCACUCGUGCUAAAAAUGGCUACCUUUUAAGUCUCCUUCAUGCAGUUACUAAAGGUAUUUUUGUCAGCGCAGAUUGGUAUUACUUAUAUCGCUGAUCUGAAAAAUAUGGGAUUUUUGAGUUUCUGACCAGCCGGUCAUCAGUCAGGGACGAUUAAGCUGAAAACUGGCCUAUAUUAGACAAUAGCCGAUUUCUCCGUGCAUCUCUGCUGUUGUUCUAUUUUCACAAUAUCUAAACAAGUUUGAGCUGAACUUGUCAAUCACGCCAGAAUCCAUUAAGACCUAAUGCACCUUUUUAUCUAUAAAAUAAAACAGAAACCUUUAAUAAAAUUAGUUUUGAUCAUUUUUUGUUUUGUAGAUGGCACAGUAGAAAUAUGCUUUAUCACAUGUCUUAAUGGAUUAAUUUCUGUACUGAAAAUGAGAUUCAGCAGGAAAAAGAGUGAACCUGUCCUCUAACAUACACAGUGUCCGUUUGUUUGUGUGAUUCAGCCUUUAUCUAUAACUGUACUUGUUCAUUCACUGCAGGUAGCGUAAAGAUAAUAUAGCACUGUAAUCUAACAAGGGAAAUCUCUCUAUUUAUUUAAUUGCGUAGAAGCUGGGAUCCACUGUUUUCACCCCAGCAAAAAUGCCUUAAUGUAAAUAAAUGCACUGUAAAUACAUUUUGUUCCAUUUUUUUUAUUGUUUGUAAACAAUAGGGCAGAGAAAGAAUAAAAUGCCCUGCGUCCAAAAAUAUUUGAGCUUUUCUCUUCACUUUUGUUCUCUUUGUCCAAAUUAUUUUGAUGCCUUUGUUUAACAACUUAUUUUUUGUAACUUUUUUUUCCUUCCAUGGUAAACGUUCCAAAGACAAAAGUUGUUUUUCUUCAACUGAGUGAAACUGAUGCUAAUAAAGUCAAAUGACACUUUUACAGA